AUGAAAGGCUUGAACAUCCUAGAAAGUAAAGUUUUAAGAGGCGAAAAUGAGGAGAAUCACAUGGCUAUGGAAAUUGAUGAUUCCGGUGAGAAAUCUGCUUUUGACAGGGUAAUAGUGGAAGCUUCUACCAAAUCUACAGAGAUAUUUGGUAGAUGUUUGGAAACUUCAUUAAGGUUUCAAGAAUUAAAAAAUCAUGGGAUUGAAAUAGUAAAUAAAUUAGAGAUUCCGGAAAUCAGUGUAUUGAAGUUUAGAUUUAAGAUCCUGAUACAAUGCUUUAGGAUGUUAUCCAGAGGUUUGAUCCCAGGAGAAAAGUUACUUGGAGAAUUAUUUGGGAUGAUGGACGAUCUCAUUAUUAGAAAAGGAUUUAACUUAUUUCAAUUUCAAGAAAAGGAAAAUGCAAUUGAAACUGAGUCUCAAAUGUUCCUCGUUUUAAAAGAUUACUUUGGUUACUCAAAGAAAUUAUUUAGAGACAAAAUUGAAAAAACAGGAAGCUUAAUAGAGGAAAGAAACAGAAAGGAAAAUAAAUUGGUUACUGGAGAGCUCACUCAAGUUUUUUCUGAAGUUAAUUCAAUUCGUAUUAAUCCGUUGGGAUUUGCUGGACCGUUUGAAAUUGAAUCCAAUCUGUUUGAUAGAUGGAACAGAUACACUUCCCAAGAAAAGCAAUUCUUGAGAAGCUUAAAGGAUAUUGAUAUAGAAACUAGGUUGAGAAAAUAUCUUGCUUUUCCACCAGAUAUCUCCUAUAGAGCCUCACUGAAUGAAAAGUUGAUGAGACUUUCAAAGAUUCAAAAUAGAGUAAGAAAUAUGGUUAAGGAUCAAGGAAUGUAUUACCAAACUUCUGAAGUUAAUAGAUCACAUAACCAAGACCAACAUAGUAACAUAGAGUUAAACAUGUCUCCAGUUCAAAUUCAGCUUCAGGAGAUAGAUAAUUCACAGAAACAAGAUACAGACUCAAAUAUGAACCAAUCCAAGGUUUUAAAAGAUCACCAGGAAAAGUCUACGAAGGAAGAACCUAAUCUCUUGCAGGAAUUGAUAUUAGAAGGAAUAUCUUCAAGUGGUAUAUUUGUCCCGUCAAGAAUAAAGGAUUUCAAGACUCGAGGACAUUCUAUUCUUGAAGGAAUAAGCCGUAAGAUAUCGGACUUUUGGUCAUCAAAGUCCCCAACAAUCCACCAAUAUCGGUUCCAGAUAAUCAUAGACGGAAUAUCAGCUGAAAGGGAAAGAAUGAUCAGAGAAAAAAAAAGGAAAAAAGCUCAAUUAGGGCGUCUAGCUAUUAGUGCUACCAAGCAAGUAGUUUCAAUUCAGUCCCAAAAACAGAUUAACCUUGAAAGGAAAGAAAGAGAGAGGCUGCGUCUAUUGCGAGAGAAUGAUCUAGAAGCUUAUUUAGAGCUCGUAAAAGAGACAAAAAAUAGGAGACUACAAGAGUUAAUUAACCAGACUGACAGAUUCUUGUUGGACAUAGGACUUAGAGUGCAAGAUCAAAAAAUGGUGGGUUCAGAAAUUGGAUCUGGUCAGAUAAAUACAGGAGAGCGAGUUUCUGAUGAUCCAACGGUGAACUCUGGCAUCACAGUAGACGAAAUCUCAGAAUUUGCAAAUAUCCCAAAAACUACCAGUGUAGCAUCAUACUACACCAUGGCUCACUCAGUCACUGAAAAUAUUUCUGAUAAACCGAUGAAACUUCUGAAAGGAGGGAAUCUCUUACCAUAUCAGGUAAUAGGAGUGGAAUGGAUGUUGAGUUUGUAUAACAACAAACUACAUGGGAUCUUGGCAGACGAAAUGGGUCUGGGAAAGACAGUUCAAACUAUUGCUUUAUUAACUUAUCUUUACGAACAUAAAGAUAACCAGGGUCCUCAUCUAGUAGUAGUACCAUUGUCAACUUUACCAAAUUGGCAGAAAGAGUUUGAGAUCUGGAGUCCAGAACUAAAAAUACUUUGUUUUAAAGGGAGCAGAUAUGAAAGAAGAUCCUUGAUUUAUGAAAUGAGACAGGCAAAGUUUAAUGUAUGUUUAACCACUUUUGAUUUCAUAAUUAGAGAAAGUGGAGCUCUGCAAUCAAUGCAGUGGAGACACAUUAUAGUGGAUGAAGGUCACCGUCUAAAGAAUUCAAAAAGUAAGUUUCAUGUAGUACUGGCAGAUUUUAGAUCUGAAAAUAGACUACUGCUUACCGGUACCCCACUCCAGAAUAGUAUAACAGAAUUAUGGUCUCUAUUAAAUUUCUUAUUACCACAAGUUUUCCAUUCUGUUGAAGAUUUUCAAGUUUGGUUUAGUAAGCCAUUUAGUGAUCUUCCAUCAAAUGAAGCCAAUUUAGAACUUUCAGAGGAAGAGAGGUUAUUUGUAAUUAGUAGAUUACACUCUAUUUUGAGGCCUUUUCUAUUAAGGAGAGUGAAGUCUGAUGUACUACAGGAUCUUCCAGAAAAAAAAGAGUAUAUAGUAAGAAUGGAGCUUACCCCAUGGCAAAAGAUUGUUUAUGAUCAGAUAAAACAAAAGGCAGUACAUUCUAUGGAUCUUUCUAGUGGAAAGAUACAGUACAGAUCAGUUAGUAAUACGAUUAUGCAGCUUAGAAAGAUAGUCAACCAUCCAUAUCUAUUUGUGGAGGAAUACUUAAUAGAGAAUGAUGAUAUCUUUAGAGUUAGCUGUAAAUUUGAAGUAUUGGAUAGGAUGCUCCCAAAACUUAUCAGAUUUCGUCACAAAGUACUGAUAUUUUGUCAAAUGACACAAUUAAUGGAUAUUUUGGGUGACUUUUUAGAUUACAGAGGUAUCGAACAUCAUAGAUUGGAUGGAACGAUGACGAUUCAGGAAAGAAAGGAAAAGAUGGAUGAAUUUAACUCUCCAGAUUCAGAAAAGUUCGUUUUUGUAUUAUCAACAAGAGCUGGAGGUUUAGGUUUAAAUCUUCAAGCUGCUGACACUGUGAUCAUUUUUGACUCAGACUGGAAUCCACAUCAAGAUCUCCAAGCUCAAAGCAGAGCACACAGGAUGGGCCAAAAGAAUGAGGUUAGGGUUUUACGUUUUGUUUCUAUAUCAGGAGUAGAAGAAUUGGUUUUAAAGCGUGCUCAGAAAAAGCUGGAGAUAGACCACAAGAUUAUUCAGGCUGGAAUGUUUAACUCAACACAAAUAGAGGAGGAUGAGAGGGAGGGUAGGCUUAAGGAGUUAUUUGGUAAGGAGGAGUAUAAGAGCGAUUCCAGAGUAACGACACCUUCUGAGAUUAAUCGUUUCCUAGCGAGGAAUGAUGAGGAACUAAAAGUCUUUGAGGAAAUGGACAAGAAAACUUUUGGUAGAAAUAUCUACCAAAAGAUCCAAGAUUGGAGUAGGAAUAUUAUAAAAAAGUCAAAAUUGAGUAAGAACGCUGAAGAAAGAGGUAAAGAUUCUGAAGAAAAUGAUCAAGGAGAAGAAAAACAACUUUCCAGGAAAGAUGUUGACUCGACUCUAAUAAAGUACGGUCAGAAUAUCUCAAGGUCACCUCCAAAACCAAAGAAACCCGGAAGAAAACAGAAAAUCAUUCAAGAAGAGCUUGAAACUCAUGAAGAAUCCUUGGAAGAAGCCACAUUUGAGUCUUCAAAACCUCAAGAAGUUUUAAGUUUGGAGGAUAGUAAGGUUUACAUUGACUGCUUGGAAAAGUCAGGGAGGAUUAUAAAAAUGCAAGAAGUCCCAGAUUGGAUUGUGAGACCACCAAAUGAGGUAAAUGCUGAGCUUGGAAUUGAGGACAACAAUUUAAAUGAAAUUCGUGAUUUGGAAAGAUCAGAAAGAAAAUCAAGGUGGAAGUCAAACAAAGAUUAUCUUUGUGUGGAGGGACUGAGUGAGAGAGCUUUUCUAAGAGUAAUGGAGAAGUACGAAUCAGGGGAGAUUACCGACAUAACUAAGGAGCUACUUAAAGAGACAAACAAAAGAAGGAGAUCUCUUCCAACUCUUUCAAAUUCAAACACCUCAGAAUCUGUUAGCAAAGGUAAUUCCCUUUCCUCAGUUUCCUCACUGAAGGGAAAAAGAAGUUCAUUGAGAAACAUUUCAACUUUCAAGAGACAAGAUAGACAAGAAAGACGAAAAUCAUCAGCAUACUUUUCUUCUUUAUCCACAAACUCUCCUCUUCAAAACUUAAAUGGGUCCUUUUCUGAUAGAAGCUUGUCAAAGAAGAGGAAAAUCAUUUCUUUUAGUGAGGAUGAAGAAAGGGAGGAUGACAAAGACUUUGAAAAUUUCAGCAUAACCAGAAGGAAUUUAAGGCGAGAUGUUUCAAAAGGACGAAAACUUCGAAAUAAUAAUUGGGAGGAAGAUGAAGAAGAUGAAGAAGAUGAAGAAGAUGAUGAAGAUGAGCUGGAUGAGGAUGGAAAUGGUAAUGAAGACGAUGAAGACUAUCUUUAUAGCAAUCCGAAUGAAGAUAGCAAAAAUAACAAAAGAGACCCCACAGCUUUACAGUCUAUAAAGAAAAAAUAUGAAUCAGAUUCAGUGCAUCAAAAGACUACUAAAAUUACUUCGAAUCGCAAAAACCAACAAAAGAAUAAGAGUAAUGAUGGCAACCAAGACAACAACCAUACGAUUAAGUCUGAGAAAGAGUCCAAAAUUAAUUCUAAAAGAAAUGAAGAAGGAAUUAGUUCAGACAAUAAUUUCAUUACUUCAACAAACUAUAUGGAAUCUCUCCCAGACACACCUGAAGCCAUUGUAAUUGAAAAAUAA